AUAUUUUCUUUUACUUAAUGGCAACUGUAAGCAUCCCGCCUCCGAACAGCUGUUUGUUUUAUAAGGAACAAGGAACUGAUAACAAAACACCGGCAUUUAUUAAAUAAAAAUAAUAUUUAUUACGAACAAUGUCACGUAGCAGUUUCCUGAAGCCUCUCCGAUUUUGGCCAUUCCAAAUUCAACGUUUCACCAGCAAGCAACAUUGGGAGAAGCCCAUAAGCGGCAGGGAUACCGGUAUACAAAUAUAUAAUUGUAUAACACGCGAAAAAGUUCCGUUGAUACUGCCCAACAACACAUAUGCGACCUGGUAUACAUGUGGUCCGACCGUUUACGAUUCUACACACAUUGGUCAUGUUAGUUGCUACGUUAAGCUAGACAUCAUACAACGUAUACUGCGCCAGCAUUUUAAUGUGAAUCUAGUAACAGCUUUGAACAUAACGGAUAUUGAUGAUAAAAUAAUACACAGAAGCAAAGAAAGUGGUAGAGAUUGGCGUGAGUUAUCACGGUUCUACGAAAACGAGUUCUGGUCAGAUCUGGCACAACUUAACAUACAAGAGCCAAAUAUAAAGCUUCGUGUAACUGAGCAUAUACCACGAAUAAUCGAAUUCAUAAAGCUUAUUAUAGAAAAGGGUAGCGCUUACAAAGAUAGUGAUGGUAGCGUUUAUUUUUCAGUGAACAAAUGUGAAAAUUAUGGCAAAUUACAAAAAGUGAACAUGCAGGUAGAGCCAGAUGAGUCCACAACUGGUAAAAAUGCGGCAGCUGAUUUUGCACUGUGGAAAGCGCAAAAAACUGAAAAUGAACCAGCAUGGCCGUCACCUUGGGGCGCUGGACGUCCUGGUUGGCAUAUUGAAUGCAGCACCUUAGCCAGUAUGGUUUUUGGUCAACGCUUGGACUUCCAUGCUGGCGGUUUGGAUUUACGAUUUCCACAUCAUGAAAACGAGGAAGCCCAAAGUUGCGCCUACCACAACACAAAUCAAUGGGUGAAUUAUUGGCUUCACACCGGUCAGUUGCAUAUUAAAGGCCAGCCAUUAAAAAUGUCAAAAUCACUGAAAAAUACCAUAUCCGUCGGUGCCAUGUUGGAACGUUAUACAGCUGACGAGUUUCGCAUGGCUUGUGCGCUGUCCAACUAUCGUAACGCUGUAGACUAUAGUGAUGCAAUAAUGCAAACGUCCAGGAAUACGCUGAAACGUUUAAGAACGUUUAAGGCUGAUUGUAAUGCGUAUUUAAGUGGUAAAAAGCGUGUUGCUCAUGUGGACGCAAGUGAGGUGCUCAGUGGCUUACAACGUGCACAACAAGAAAUAGAUGCUUGCUAUAAGGAUGAUUUCGAUACAGCAAGUAGUGUGGGUGUACUGCUGGAACAAUCAAACGCAGUGAGUCGGCAAAUUAAUGGAGGAGUUAGCGAAAUUGAACAUAAUUUAACUGCAAGCAGUUGUGUGGAUGCUAUAGCAGCUGUUGAUAAUUUUAUACGACAACACCUACAUAUUUUAGGAUUCAGUUCUUUAGAAACAUCAAAAGCGCAGGUAUUAAGUGCGAAUUUCAAUUUGGACGCUUUUGUAGAAGAUUUGUUGCAAUCAAGGCAUUUAAUACGUGAACGUGCGGUGGCGGGGAAGAACAAAGAAUUAUUUGGAAUUUGUGACGAUUUGCGUAAUUGCUUGAGUCAACAUGGAAUUACUAUACAAGAUCAUAGUCAGGGCACUUCAUGGCAAUUUAGUGACAGUAAGAAAUAAAGUUGUUUACUUGAAAAAAUA